UUUCAACAAAAUCGAAAUUAGAUAUCGAAUUGAAUCUAGUGUACUCGCAUGAUUUUUUAAUAUUCUUCUCACAAAAAUGGCUAUUUUUAAGACAAUGAAAAAGCUUUGGUUUCGGAAACAUCAUUACCGUCAACUUUCCAACGCAAAGAAAUUUUUGGAAGUUGCCAUACCAGUGCCGUGGGGUAAUAUUCGAGGAAAAUGGUGGGGUCCCACUGAUAAAAGACCAAUAUUGACUCUUCAUGGAUGGCAGGAUAACUGUGGUUCCUUUGAUAGAUUAAUACCUUUACUGAAUAACGACGUCGGAUUCCUGGCAAUAGAUCUGCCUGGACAUGGUUAUUCGUCCAGAUUACCCGUAGGCGUACCCUAUAACAUUACAACAUAUUUAUCAGCAAUUCAAUACACUAAGAAACAUCUGGGCUGGUCACAACUUACUUUGAUGGGUCACUCCUUCGGAGGUAUUACCUCUUUCACGUACACCAUGAUGUAUCCAGACGAAGUCGAUUUUUUAAUAUGCAUAGACGGAGCUAAACAAUUUAUACCCAAGUUCAGGAAAAAUCGAUUAGCCAAAUCAUUCGACACCUUCAUCAAAAAUUCUGAUUUAGUGAUGGAAAAUAAUGAGCCACCCAGUUACACGAUGGAAGAAAUAAGGAAAAAAGUUAUCCAACCGAAUCAUGGAUCAAUCCAUACCGAUGUGGCUCAUUAUCUUUUGGAAAGAAGUAUUGCUCGGUCUAAAACGCAACCCGACAAGUACUACUUUACCAGAGAUCCGCGUUUGAAAGCAGAAGCUUUUAUAUACGUUAGCCAGGAAGAAAGUGUUUAUAUGGCUCAGUACAUUCGAUGUCCCGUUUUUAUAGCUAAAGCAAAAGGUUUCGGUUAUUUUGAACCGAAGGAGAACUACUAUAAAGUUAUGGAAGUUCUGAAAAGAACUGUACCUGAUUUUGAACACCAUUACGUCGAGGGUACCCAUCAUGCGCAUUUAAAUAAUCCAGGAGCUGAAUUGUCCAGUUUAAUUAAUAAUUUUAUUAAAAAAUAUGAUUUGGUUGAUAGGAACGUAGGAGGAUUAAAAGCAGAUAUUAUUAUUGAUGAAAGAAUUAUAUUAAAAACUGUUGUUAGGUCCAAAUGA